CGGGAGUCAGGAAAGCUACUCCAUUCCCAAAAACAGGAGAACAUCUCCCGCCUUUCGUCAAGUUAGCUGAUUUGAAAGUGAUAGUAGGAUUUUUCACGAAUGCAAGAUGGAUUCAGUGACAAGCCUCGAUGUUGAAAAUUCUACUCUGAAUCUUAAUGAUACAGACGAAUUCUUUAAAAAUUCUUCUACAGUUUCAACAUUGAGUUUUAAGGAUUUCAGUGCAUGGCAUCUUAUUAUCCCUUACAGCAUUAUUUUUGUUUUAGCCGUAACUGGCAAUAUUUUGGUCAUCGUAACACUUUUAAUUAACAAGAGAAUGAGAACAGUAACGAAUGUAUUCUUAUUUAAUUUGGCCAUCAGCGACUUUCUGUUAGGAGUUUUUUGCAUGCCAUUUACUUUGACUGGCGUCUUAUAUAGACAAUUUUUAUUUGGAAGUGCUCUUUGCAAGCUGAUACCCUAUUUCCAAGCUGUCAGCGUAAGUGUGAGUGCUUGGACGUUGGUGUCAAUGUCAGUGGAGCGAUACUUCGCCAUAUGCCAUCCUCUUAAAUCUAGAAAGUGGCAAACUCUUUCCCAUGCUUAUAAAAUGAUUACUGUGGUAUGGAUUGGAUCUCUCUUUUGCAUGCUGCCAAUCCUCAUCUUAAGUAGUCUCCAAAGGAUAAAAGGAACUGAGAAGCAGAAAUGUCGGGAGAACUGGCCGUCUUUGAAUGCGGAAAAAACAUUCACAAUUUUUCUUGAUAUCAUUCUUCUUAUUUUACCCCUUGUAUUAAUGAGUGUGACUUAUUCAUUAAUAAUUCGAACUCUCUGGCAAGCAAUGGUUAUAUCUUCUGACGAAUCACCGCAUGCAGCCUCUACGUUUACAUCUACCAUAACAUCUGCCACCUCGCAUAAUGCGUCAGGAACACCUGCUAUACGAAAAAACAACAGUGAACGUGGAAUUAUUCAGAAGAAACGAAUUAUACAGAUGCUCUUUGUCGUUGUCUUAGAAUUUUUUAUUUGUUGGAGUCCUCUCUAUGCUAUUAAUACUAUCUCCCUCUUCGAUCCGACAAUAGUGUACACGCAAAUUGGAUAUAGUGGUAUUUCAUUUUUCCAGUUACUGGCCUAUACAUCUUCCUGCUGCAAUCCAGUUACUUAUUGUUUCAUGAAUAGUAGAUUUCGAGAAAGUUUCUUCAACCUCUUUCCCUGCGGAUGUAAGAAACGAAGAUGAAGUGACAUUUCAUGAAUGCAGAAAGAACAUCUUAAGUUUUUCUACAUUCCCUGGAGAUAUCAAAAGCUAUAUGCGAAAUUUCUUUGCCCUGCUACGUUUCACGUUCCCUUUGGAUUAUGCUUUGUCAACUCCAUAAAUUCAGUUCGAGUUUGUAGAUGUAUUUGAAAUAUAUUUGUUUCUCAGUUGGCAGAUGUAGCUUAAGCAAAAAACUUAUUUUUUUCGUUGUUGAAAUUCCUAAAAUUGAAACUACUUGGCGUAAAAAGUAUUUUUUAUUGUUUGCUUGUCAAAAUAAAUAAAUGUCAAGUAAAGAAAAUGUAAAUAAGAAAGACUCACUUUGCGUUGCAAUGUUUCAUUAAACAUUUCUUGGAACUUUAGAUUUUUUUUAUUGAAUUAACCAAUGUUUGAUGUAAGUAUAUUUUGAUCCGAGGUAAAUAUAUUUUACAUUCACUAAGAAUCUCCAAAUUUGAUGGUUUUAUCACAGCUCAGAGGAAAAAAAUCUGGUAAAAUUACCAUCCGCUCCAUAUGACAUUUCUGGUAAAAUAAAAACAAAAUUCUGGUUUAACCAAAAUAAAUUGUCUUUUAUGACCUAUUAAUGUCCAUAACUGAAUAACUGUUUGUUUGUUGUAACUGAUAAUAUCCAUAACUCGAACUGAAUCCAAAAAUUCAGUUCGAGUUCGUAAAUGUAUGUGAUGUAUUUGAAAUAUAUUUGUUUGUCAGUUGGUAGAUGUAGCUUAAAAAAACAAACAUAUUUUUUGUUGUUGUUGAAAUUACUGAAAUUGAAACUACUUGGCGUAAAAAGUACUUUUUAUUGUUUGCUUGUCAAAAUAAAUAAAUGUCAAGCAAAAGAAAAUAUAAGUAAGAAAGAUUCACUUUGCGUUGCAAUGUUUCAUUAAACAUUUCUUGGAACUUUAGAUUUUUUUAUUGAAUUAACUAAUGCUUGAUGUAAGUAUAUUUUGAUCCGAUGUAAAAAUAUUUUACAUUUACUAAGAAUCUCCAAAUUUGAAGGUUUUAACACAGCACAGAGAAAAAAAAUUCUGGUAAAAUUGCUAUCCGCACCAUAUGACAUUUCUGGUAAAAUAAAACAAAAUUCUGGUUUAACCAAGAUAAAUUGUUUUUCAUGGCACACUAUAGGAUAUCACAAUAAAAUUUUCAAAUUUUACCACAUUUACCUAAACUUUAUGACAUAUUAUAAUGACAUAUUUUAAUGUUAUUUUUGCCAAAAUUUCUAUCAAAGCAUUUCGGUAAAAAUCACUCAGUUUUUUAAUGUUCUCAUAGAGCCAGAAACACAGUAAAUGUUACCAUAUUCUGGUGGUUUUGACCAUAUUUUUUUCUCUGUGUGAUAUUUAAAUGUUGAUGAAUUCUUAAUUGCUAAUAAAGUGUUUUCUACUUGGUCUAAACUGGACUCCGUAAGUGUAAUAUUCUAAUUGUGAACAAUAAAAUGUGUUUUUUUAAAA